AAACGAAUUCUACAUGAAAAAUAGAAUGAGGGGGUGUAAUUUGGUGAAAUUUUGUGAUAAAAAAAUCGCCGCGACCGGUGGCUGUCCAUUCCUCCAAUUCUCAUAAGCUUCCUUCAACUUUCUCUCCAUUUCUCUUCAAUUUGGGAGAAAAAAUUUUACCUACUAUUCAUCCUCUUUAAUCCUUCAAUUUCCCUUCUUUUCUUUCCUAUUAAAAACUAACAAAUGAAAGAAAAGUUAACUUUCUCUUCUUUCCCUUUCUUUUCUGUCCAAAUCCUCCGCUCCCAAACGAAGCCUAAGUCUCCUGCUUCUCCUUCCCUCCAUAGUAGCAGCUCUUCCCGGGUCAUCCAUCGAUGUGGGCUACUCUUACUUGCAAUAGCAUACGAUUUCUGCGCUACCGCCUUGCUUCUCUGCCGCCGGUAUCUACUUCCGCCUCAUCCUCUCGUCUAUUGACGCGCUUUAACUUCGUAGUUUUCAUGGAGCCCCAUCACAAUAGCUUUUCUCAGUCUUCCUCUUCAUCUACUACUUUCUCUCAUUCCUCGCGCAGUGGAGGUCGAGGAAGAGGUUUGGAUAGUAUGAAAGAUAAUGCUACUAGAGAAAGGCACAGAGGCCGUGGCGGUGGCAGUGGCGGUGGAAAAGAUAAAAUUGAUGCACUUGGGAGGCUUCUAACACGUGUUUUGCGGCAUAUGGCUUCUGAGUUAAACUUGAACAUGAGGAAUGAUGGAUUUGUUAAGGCUGUCAGGAGAGACAAUAAACAAAGAUUUAGCCUGGUGGAAGAAAAUGGAGAGCUUUGGAUACGUGCAAACCAAGGCCACACAAUCACAACAGUUGAAACUGAAAGCUUGUUGAAGCCUAUUCUUUCUGCUGAUGAAGUUCCAGUCUGUGUACACGGGACGUACAAGAGAAAUUUGGAAUCAAUUUUGGAACAAGGGCUGAAACGCAUGAAGAGAGUGCAUGUCCACUUUUCAUGUUGUUUGCCGACAGAUGGUGAAGUAAUAAGUGGUAUGAGACGAGAUGUAAAUAUCCUGAUCUUUCUUGAUGUGAGAAAAGCUUUGGAAGAGGGAAUGAAACUUUAUAUCUCAGACAACAAGGUGAUCUUGACUGAGGGUUUUGAAGGUGUUGUACCAGCGAAAUAUUUUCAGAAGAUUGAAUCAUGGCCAGACAGGAAACCCAUUUCCUUUUGAUCUUUGUCCGUUGUAUAUUAACAUGUAUAAUUUGACGCUGGCUAGGUAUUUUUUUGUUCCAGCAAUGGCUACUGUUUAGCUUGAAAUAGAGCUCCUUUGGAGCUCUGGUUCUCUCUUUUACCCAUUUUUCCCCCUUUCGAGUAACGAGGGUUUUUAGCUUAAAUUGCAAUGGAAGGCGGAGGAGUAAACUCUGUAAAAGAUCAGGCCUGUAUUUGAAGUUUUAGACGGGGUUCGUUUUCAAGAACAACCGAUUUUACGUACUUAAAAAAAGAAAGAAGGUCAGCACUUAAA